AUGGGCUGUUUCGGUGGGGGUGCUUCGAGAGAUGCCGAAGAGGACAAAAAGCGGAAGGAGGCCAAUAAGAAAAUCGAGAAACAGAUCCAGAAGGACAAACAGAUCUACCGGGCAACCCACCGACUACUGUUGCUGGGUGCCGGGGAGUCCGGAAAAAGUACCAUAGUGAAACAAAUGCGUAUUCUUCACGUCAACGGCUUCAGCGAGGACGAACGCAAGCAGAAAAUCGACGACAUCAAGAAAAACAUAAGAGAUGCCAUCCUCACGAUAACAGGUGCCAUGUCAACCCUCGUGCCACCGGUUCAAUUAGAGCACUCGGAGAACCAGUGGAGAGUGGAUUAUAUCCAAGAUGUGGCAUCAGCCCCGAACUUUGAUUAUCCGACGGAAUUCUACGAACAUACCGAGAUCUUGUGGAAAGACCGGGGAGUGAUCUCCGCCUUCGAGCGGUCGAAUGAAUACCAACUGAUAGAUUGUGCAAAAUACUUCCUCGACAGAGUAUCAGCCAUCAAGCAGCCCGAUUACACGCCCAACGAACAGGACAUUCUACGUUGUCGAGUGCUCACGUCCGGGAUUUUUGAAACGAAGUUCCAGGUGGACAAGGUGAACUUCCACAUGUUCGACGUGGGAGGCCAAAGAGACGAGAGAAGAAAAUGGAUUCAGUGUUUUAAUGAUGUGACAGCUAUCAUUUUCGUUACGGCGUGCUCGUCAUACAACAUGGUUCUCCGAGAAGAUCCAAAUCAGAACCGGCUGCGAGAAAGUUUAGACCUCUUCAAGUCCAUUUGGAAUAAUAGAUGGCUACGCACGAUAUCGGUAAUCUUGUUUUUGAAUAAACAAGACUUGCUGGCGGAGAAAAUCAAAGCACAGAAGUCGAAGCUCGAGGACUAUUUUCCUGAAUUUGCCAACUACCAAACACCUGCUGACGCUAUAACGGACAGCGGCGAAGACCCGGAGGUAAUACGGGCCAAAUAUUUCAUUCGGGAUGAGUUCCUUCGAAUCAGCACGGCGUCAGGUGACGGCAAGCACUAUUGCUAUCCACACUUUACGUGCGCUGUCGACACAGAAAACAUCCGACGAGUUUUCAACGAUUGUCGAGAUAUCAUACAGAGAAUGCACCUCCGUCAGUACGAACUGCUCUAG